UUUCCUGUUCACUCACAGCUAGGCGUGAUCUGUCUUGUCUCCUUUAUCUGAGCAUUUGUGAACAUUUUAGGACAAUUCUUCGCCACACCUUAAGAUUUAUUCUUCAUAAUGCAGAGUGCCAAGUGUGUGUUUGUUGGAGACACUGGAUCUGGAAAGUCCUAUUUACUUUCCACCUACAUAAGAAAAUCAUUUCCUGGAGAGUACCAUCCAGACUUUCUGGACCGUUACUCUGUAGAAGUGAAGAUUAAAAACCAGAUUGUUCAAUUACAUGUUUUGGAUACAGCUGGCUCUGAAGACUAUGCACGUUUACGUCUUUUAGCAUAUCCUGACACCAAUGUUGUUGUUAUUUGUUUCUCCAUUUCUGACCCUUUAUCCUACCGCAGUGUUACACAAACGUGGCUUCCAGAUAUUAACCUGAAUUGCCCUAAAGCUCCUAUUCUUCUGGUGGGAACUAAGAGUGAUCUGCGUAAUAACAAAGAGGUUUUGGAGAAACUUAAAGAGAAACAUCUAUCCACAAUAAACCAGCAACAGGGACUUGCUCUGGCAAAACAGAUCAAAGCUGCUGGAUAUUUUGAAUGUAGUUCAAUGCAUCAAGAAGGAUUGGAUGAGAUAUUUGAAAAGGCUGCACAUACAUUUCUUCAGAGAAAAAAGAGAGCUCGCUCAAAAAAACACUGUAUCAUUUUAUAG